UGCCGCCAAUGAAAAAGCCCAUUAAACUAUUAAAGUCCAUUAGAAGGUGGAGAAAACGGGAGACUGAAUCAAUCAGAGGAGGAGGAGCAUCAAAUCAAAAAUGGCGUCGGGAUGGGGAAUAACGGGGAACAAAGGGAGAUGCUACGAUUUCUGGAUGGAUUUCAGCGAAUGCAUGUCUCACUGCAGAGAGCCCAAGGACUGCUCUCUUCUCCGUGAGGAUUACCUCGAGUGCCUCCACCAUUCCAAAGAGUUUCAGAGAAGAAACAGGAUCUACAAGGAGGAGCAACGUAAACUAAGGGCAGCCUCUAGGAAAGGUGAACAAGUUGUGGAUGCUACUCAUACACAUCACUAGUCACCAAUCUUCCUCCAAGUUUGCUUCUUCAUCCCCAUCCCAUCCCAUUCCAGACAAGAAGAAUAAAUCCAAGAUUUUGCAUCUUGUUUAGAGCCGAAUCUCAAAAAACACUGGUCUUUUUUCUCUUUAAAUGAUGUUCUGCUUUCUUUUUUCAUGUUCAUUUGUCUCAAACUUUGGAGUUGCAAACAUACCUUGAGAGACGUAUCUAUACUCUUUUCAGACACCUGACAUUAUGGAUAUCUGCUCUACUUUUAUUCAA